AUGACCUCUCAAGCAACACCGCACCAUACCUAUGCCCUCCGGUCCGUUACCACAUUACCAGACCUCGCAACAGACGAACAUCGUCAACCGCGUCGCAAAACCAGUAUGUGGAAUCUGUUCAAACGGCGUGGCCCUGUAGAAGAUCAACAACAACCACUUCCCUCGCCGCGAGACGCAUUCCGGUCAGGUAGUGGUAGUAGUGGGCGGGCAUCGCCUUCGCCAUCCCUUGCAUCUACCAUUCAAACACCCUCCAGUCAAGCAAGUCUGCAGAACACUGCUUCGCAUCAGCCGGGUGAUUUGUUCAACGAGAUACCAAGGAUGAGUGGUGAAGUAAGGCCGGCGCGUGUCUUGCGCAGUACCAAGUCGCACUACAACUUACGCACGAAUCGUUCCGUGUUUGCCCUGGAAAGCUGGGAGGCUGCUGAAUUUGAGACAUCAAGUCAUGUCUCGUGGGUCACGUCAACUGGACGCCGACAGAUUGGCUUGUGCGAUUGA